UUCUACUGUCAAGACAUAAUCCAUUUGUCCUUGUUUCCUGUUCAUGUUUCAUCUCCUUUGCUUCAAGUUAAGACCUAACCGCUUCGUAUCGUGUCAUCCUAGCGUCACUAAACCAUGUGCGACCUUUGUGUUGUCAAUUUAGGUUGAUGAAUCGAGCAUGACCGGGGAGAGUGAUCAUGUUGAAGUCAACCGCAAGGAGAAUCCAUUCCUGUUCUCGGGAACAAAGGUUGCUGAUGGGUAUGGUCAGAUGCUGGUUACAUCCGUCGGCAUGAACACAACGUGGGGCGAGAUGAUGAGCUUGAUCAGCUGCGACAACAGCGAGCAGACCCCUUUACAGGCUCGGCUCAACAAGCUUACCUCGUCGAUCGGCAAAGUAGGCUUGGCGGUCGCUUUCCUGGUUCUCGUGGUCCUGCUGAUUCGCUAUUUCACAGGAAACACACAGGAUGAAUAUGGGAACCGGGAAUUCAUUGCGGGCCAAACCACAGGUGAUGAUAUCAUAAACUCUGUGGUGAGCAUCAUUGCAGCUGCAGUGACCAUCGUGGUGGUCGCGAUUCCCGAAGGCUUGCCGCUUGCAGUAACCCUCACUCUUGCUUAUUCGAUGAAGAGGAUGAUGGCGGAUCAGGCGAUGGUGAGGAAGCUUUCGGCCUGUGAAACGAUGGGGUCAGCCACCACUAUUUGCACCGACAAGACCGGCACUCUCACAAUGAACCAGAUGAAGGUGACGAAAUUCUGGGUCGGCCAAGACUCUGUGACAGAAAACACCUGCUCCUCUGUCUCCAGGUUUGUCCUGGAUUUGAUUCACGAUGGGGUUGCUCUGAACACCACGGGCAGUGUCUACAGGUCGUCUUUGGGAUCGGAGUACGAGUUCUCUGGUAGUCCCACUGAGAAAGCGAUUCUCUCUUGGGCGGUUUCGCAAUUGAGCAUGGACAUGGAGGAGAAAAAGAAGAGCUGUGAAGUCAUCCAAGUCGAAGCCUUCAACUCACAGAAGAAGAGAAGUGGUGUCCUAAUAAGGAAGAGCUUGGACAACACAUUCCAUGUGCACUGGAAAGGUGCAGCAGAGAUGGUCUUGGCAAAAUGCUCGAGCUUCUACGACGGGUCAGGGAUAGUGAAAGAUUUGGAUGAAGAUGAAAGGGCCAGAUUCGAGGAGAUUAUUCAGGGGAUGGCAGCGAGCAGCCUUAGGUGCAUCGCUCUAGCUCAUAAACAAGUCUCCGAGGAAGCUAUCCUGACAAGAGAAGACGGGAAGAAGAUUGAAGAGGACGGCCUGACAUUACUGGGACUUGUCGGUAUUAAGGACCCAUGUCGUCCCAAUGUGAAGAGUGCGAUCCAAGCUUGUCAGGACGCAGGAGUGAACAUCAAGAUGAUAACGGGAGACAACAUCUUCACCGCAAAGGCCAUAGCUGCGGAGUGUGGGAUUCUCAGGCCCGGGGACGAUGCCUUCAGUGGAGCCAUCGUGGAAGGAGCGGAGUUCCAAAGCUACACACCUGAGGAGAGGCUUCGGAGAGUUGAGAAAAUCCGAGUAAUGGCAAGAUCCUCGCCUUUCGAUAAGCUCCUCAUGGUUCAAUGCCUGAAGCAGAAAGGUCAUGUGGUCGCCGUCACUGGGGACGGCACGAAUGAUGCACCAGCCCUCAAGGAAGCAGACAUUGGGCUCUCAAUGGGCAUCCAAGGAACUGAGGUCGCCAAAGAGAGCUCAGACAUCGUAAUCCUUGACGAUAACUUCACCUCGGUGGCGACAGUGCUGCGGUGGGGUCGAUGUGUCUAUAAUAACAUCCAGAAGUUCAUCCAGUUCCAGCUUACCGUGAACGUCGCAGCCCUCGUGAUCAACUUUGUGGCCGCGGUCUCUUCUGGCGACGUCCCCCUGACGGCUGUCCAGCUCUUGUGGGUGAACCUGAUCAUGGACACACUCGGCGCCCUCGCUCUGGCCACGGAGCGGCCCACCAGGGAGCUCAUGGAGAAGCCCCCUGUGGGACGGACCGAGCCGCUCAUAACCAACGUCAUGUGGAGGAACAUUGUGGCCCAAGCAACAUACCAAAUGGCCAUCCUCCUCACUCUACAGUUCAAGGGCGAAUUAAUCUUUGGCGUGGACGAGGCGGUGAAGCGGACGCUGAUAUUCAACGCGUUCGUCUUGUGCCAGGUCUUCAAUGAGUUCAAUGCGAGGAAACUCGAGAAGAGGAACGUGUUCGAGGGCAUUCACAAGAACAAGCUGUUCCUCGGGAUCAUCUUCGUGACAGUGGUCCUCCAGGUGGUGAUGGUCGAGUUCCUAAAGCGGUUCGCCGACACGGAGCGGUUGAGCUGGGGACAAUGGGGUGCGUGUGUCGGGAUCGCGGCCGCGUCUUGGCCUAUCGGUUGGGUGGUGAAGUGCAUCCCAGUCCCUGAUAUACCAAUCUUCAUCUACUUGGGAUUGAAAAACAAGAAGCUGGUAGGGAAAAUCGUGCACAGAGAACGGUAGCAACUAUUGGAGACUCGAUUUGAUCCAUUCCGAUUCUUUUGAUUGAUUUAGAUUGAAUCUUGAUUGGGAUUUGAUUUUGUAAUUGAUACAAUAGAUCGUAGAUAUAGGAUAUUGUGUAUAUUAUUUCCUAUUCAUUUAUUGUAUGAAAAAUAUGGAUACAUUCUUGUACAUAUAAUAUAUGGAAAACUCUGUUCCUCCAUCA